AUGGCACCCACCUGUUCACUAUUGUCAACUAAGCAAAGGAUUCUUCAGGGCAGCAAGCAAGAGCAGAAGCUGGCCCGCUCACACUCUCCUACGCCACUACAUGCUCACUCCCUUUCAACUCAACGUGUCCUGUCUCAUGCAUACUUUGAGAAGACGAGAGCGAGAAUGUCGGGGGCUGUGGAACGGUUCAACACAUGGGCAGUGGAUGCUGGUCUGAAGGAAGGUACAGUUCCUUCCAAGAAAAUUUUGGUGGACUACGUUGUGAAUACCAUGGCGGGACAUAUGGCAUCAUCCACCAUGAAGACUCAUCUACGUCUUCUCCGGGUUCAUUGGGAAUCAAAGGGUUGGAAAUGGCAAGGUGCCCAACAACUCGCUCUUUGUUUAAAGGCGGUAAAGCACCUGGUGCCGCCGUCUUCUGUUUGUGACAGACGCUAA